GCAGCUUCUUGCUGUGCACCACCUAGAUGGCUGAUUCUGACCCUGGGGAAAGAAAUUACGACAAUAUGCUACGAAUGCUGUCAGACCUGAAUAAGGACUUGGAAAAGCUAUUGGAAGAGAUGGAAAAAAUCUCAGUGCAGGCGACCUGGAUGGCCUAUGACAUGGUGGUAAUGCGCACCAACCCCACUCUGGCGGAGUCCAUGCGCCGGCUAGAAGACGCCUUCCUCAACUGCAAGGAGGAGAUGGAGAAGAACUGGCAGGAGCUACUCAGUGAGACCAAGCGCAAGCAGUAGGCCCCGCUGCCCAUCCACGCUGCCA